CAAGCUUUAAGAUAGUUGUAAUUUAUAAGAAAAAUAAUACAAAAAUAAAAUAAAAAAAAAGCAGCGCAAUGACAGAAAUAAAAAAUUUAGCUGAAAAUAUUAGUACUAUGACAAAAGGUUUUGACAUUUCUCAAUUGAAUUUCGGUAUAAUUGAUUAUGCGUUAUUUGGAAUUAUGCUCAUGAUUUCGGCUUCAAUAGGUGUUUACUUUGGCUUUAUUGCGAAACGUAAAGAUACAGCCGAAGAAUAUUUAAUGGGUGGACGGCAAAUGAAAGCAAUUCCAAUUGCUAUUUCUUUGGUGUCGAGUCAAUUAUCAGCAAUUGCUAUAAUGACAAUUCCAGCUGAAACAUAUGCAUUUGGGAUGCAUUACUAUUGGCAGGUACUGGCAAUGAUACCCGUUUUGCCAGCUUUAAUAUAUGUUAUUGUUCCAGUAUUUUAUAAAAAUAAUAUAUCAAAUUGCUAUGAAUAUUUAGAAAUGCGCUUUGAUAGACGAACAAGAAGGAUUGUUACAAUUGCUUUUCUAAUGAAAAUAUUUUUGAUAAUUCCAGUUUAUAUAUUUAUGCCAUCUUUAGCUUUUUCACAAGUUAGUGGUAUUAACAUACACAUUAUAAAUGGAGUUGUUUGUUCCGUUUGUAUUUUUUAUACAAUGUUGGGAGGUAUUAAAGCUGUUGUUUGGACCGAUGUAGUUCAAGCAAUAAUAAUGUUAUUUUCAGUCAUUUUAGUAGCAAUUUUAGCUACAAUUAAAGUAGGUGGUGUUAAUGAGGUCAUUGAAAGAGCUGAAGCUGGAAAUCGCUUAUAUAUGUCAAAUCUAUCUUUCGACAUUACAACACGUGCAACAGUUUGGAAUACAUUUUUAGGUGGUAUAGCCCAAUGGAUUUCCCAUAUCGGAGUACAUCAGAGCUGCGUUCAAAGAAUAGUUUCUUUACCCACACUCACGCAGUCGAGAAAAUCUCUCACAAUUUUUGCCAUUGGAUUUUUUAUAAUCAUGACAUGGAACUGUUUAACUGGUGUUGUUAUGUAUGCUCGUUAUUAUCUUUGUGAUCCAAUUGAAGCUGGAAUUGUAGAAAAACAAGAUAAGAUUUUGCCCUUUUUUGUUCAAGAUACUAUUGGUCAUUUAAAAGGUAUGCCUGGAAUCUUUAUCUCAUGUGUAUUCAGUGCAGCUUUGAGUACCGUUUCAGCCAAUUUAAAUACUGUUGCAGGAAUACUUUAUUUUGACUAUAUUCGCCGUCACAUAAAAAAAUCCGAUGCUGAUUUAAAAGCAAAUUUUUAUAUGAAACUAAUUGUCGUCGUAUGUGGUAUAUACUGCAUUUUAGCUGGUUUUAUUGUUGAAGAAUUUAAAUCUAUAUUUCAAAUUGCUGUUACAAUAACUGGGAUGACACAAGGAGCGGUAGCCGGAGUAUUUUUAUUGGGAAUGCUUGUACCCUAUGCAACUGCUAAAGGUGCUUUUUAUGGUACAAUAUUUAGUAUGAUAUCGGUAGGAUUUGUUGCUAUAGGGACACAAUACCAAGUUAGAAAUGGAAAUCUUAGAUAUAAUUCUUUACCAAGUAAUAUCGAAGGAUGUGUAGAAGAAUUUAAUGUAACAUUUAAUUCCGAACAUGUUUUUAAGGUUUUACAUUCAACAAAAGAAGGCAUUACAUAUGAAGGCGAUGUUUUUCUUUUAUUUAAAGUUUCAUUUUUCUGGUAUAUAUUUUUGGGUUGCACACUCGUUUGGGUUUUUGCAAUUCCUUAUAGUCUUUUGAUAAAGGAUAAAAAGGAUAAAAAAUUAGAUUUAAAUUUAAUGUCACCAGUUAUACAAAAAUGGAUACCCAAAAAAUUACUAUUAAAAUAUAAUGAAAUUCCGAUGAAAGACGGAAAAUUUGGUGAUGGUGAAUAAAAUUAAAUUUAAAAGGAAUAUUGUAAGAAGACAAUAACAAGAAUAGUUAGAUUUGCUUUUUACAUAAAAAUUUUUUAUGUGAUGAUUUAUAGAAGAUCCAGAUAAGUUUAAGAAAUAUUUUGUUGUAUUUAAUUUAUUUAUUUUGCAUUCUUUUAAAAAUAAAAUAUAUUAUAAAAUAAAACUAUAUUUGAAAAAAGUCUCAAAUUAAAUUUAAAA